GGCGGGCGGCCCGAGCCUCACCUGCACCGGCUUUCUCGAAGGAAACCUUGCAUUGCAACUGUCACGAUUAAGAACCACGCUCCAACCAGCUGGCUGUUUAUGUGCUGCUGGGUAACAGUGGUUACAACACAAGCUGUCGGUGGGGGCUAGCGUCUCUUUGAUUGCAAAUCUUAAACCUCCUUAAGGAUCUUAAUCGUGACAGAUGAACAUUAGACGAGAUAUAUCAGAGACAGUGAAGCUUAAGAAUUACAAGAAGUUUACGAGGAGGGUGAGAAGGGUGGCAGAGGGUGUCAGAGGGUGACGGACGAGAUGAGACUAUCACGCAAGAAGGCCGCUCAGGUACAGUUACAGGCGGAGCUGAACAACGACGAUGAAUGGAACAAGUUUCUUCUACGAGACGGACUCCUCGUGAUCGACGUCUACACGGAGUGGUGCGGCCCGUGCAUAGGAAUGGUGGGGAAUCUGAAGAAAAUCAAAGUUGAGAUCGGAGGAGAUAAUUUACAUCUGGCGGUGGCGAAGGCGGACACCAUUGGAUGUCUGUCUAGAUUCAGGAACCGCAGCGAACCAACUUGGAUGUUUAUUUCUGGUGGUCAAUUAAUUAAUGUGGUUUUCGGCGCGGACGCUCCUCGCCUCGCUCGCACGAUCGUGGAAGAGCUGAAGAAUGAAGAGCUGGUGAAGAAAGGGGAGAGAGAGAGACCGACACGAGCUCCACACGAACUCACUCCACCGGAACAGGAGGUCGCCUUGGCCCAAGCAAAGCUUCUCCAGCUACGCAAAGAAAAGGAGGCGGCGGCUGCGGCAGCGGAACGACUUGAAAGAAGAGAAGCGCGAGCAGUCGCCCUAGAGGUACACUUCAAUGACGUGUGUCCCGCGCUUAUGAUGCCCCACUCACAGAAAAAUAUACGAAAAGUCUCGGACGCGCUGGAGCCUUACGGAGUAAUUGUCGCUGACAAAUGCCCAUUAGUGCUGGGAAAAGAUGGAGCGAAAAUUCUUGGCGUGGAAGAUCCUGAAUUUGCAAAACCAGAAACCGCGAUGGCUUUACUCGAAAGACCAGCACUUGUACUGCUGUUGAAGAAACUACCUGACAAGGAAGGUAGUGUCAUCGAACUGGUCCGUCGCGCGAUUUAUAACGAAGGUAUAGAAUCAGAUGAGGACGACACGAAGAAAUCUCUGGCAGAGGAACUGAGGGCUAACGGUAUUCCCGGCGUGUUCGUACCGACCGACCGUCAUCAGAGAGCUUCCGCACUGGACCUAUUCUUCCCGAAGAUGGUGUCGGCGGUGGCGGCUCCGCUGACUGCCCCGGAGCCUCCGCACGUGGCGAUGAUACUGGGAGCGUGGCAGAGACGAGCCGUGCUCAAUAUCAUCGCCAGCAAGCUGCCCUCCAGGCUCCUGAGAUAUGGCUUCUUUAAAGACGCCGACGUCGAGCAACCGACACUACUAUGCAAGACCAUCGACCAGUAUGAGGAACGACCGGAGAAAGACUUUUCGGAGACUAUCGUGCUGAUGAUAUCGGUGGGUGUGACGGAUCCUGGCGCUGAGGGGGCGCCGGUGACGGAGGGAGUUCCACACGAGCUCCUCUCACUAGGACCUCUGUGGGUCAGCGAGGACGCGGUGCUGGGGAAAGAGGAAUGCGCGAGGUUCUUCCCCCCGGGGUACAGCGAGCCGGAGAAGAAACCCGGCCCCAAACCCAAGAAGAAGAAGAAGAAGCGUCACGACACUAGAGAAGAAACCGCGGACAACGUGGAUGCGCCCCCCGGGACUGCGCCGGACACGGAGGCGGGAGAUGGAUCCGUGGAGGGAGACCCUGACCCGGAGGGGGAGGAGGAGGGGGAAGAGAGGGAGGAGGAGGGGCAGGGAGACGGAGACGGGGAAGCGGAGGAGGGGGAGGAGUUACUCCUGGACAAGGGAACCUCACCGCCACCAGUCAACGAUUAGAAAUAAUAACAUAUCUAGUAUAAAGAAUUUACAUUCCGUUAGAAAAUCUAAUUUAGGACUGGGUUUUAGAGGAGUCAAUUUAAUUUGUAUUGUAUGGGAACGGUUAGUAUGAGAUUUAGUUGACGAUCUCCCCGUCUCCGCCCGGCGCCAUCUUUGUAAAAUGCAAGGACGGAAGCGUGACGUUUUCUGUUUCAGUAUUCAGUCUACGGGAAAUGUUAUUACCCAUUAUUUGAAGCAAAUUAAAUUUCCCCUCACCUUAUUUAUAUUUCUUUUUUCGUAAAUUGAAAAAUAAACAACAAUAAUCGACUUUUUACCACCGGACGGUUUUUUUAGAUUCGUUAUUCCAAAAUGGUGGCCGAGGAAAAAUAGGAAAAGGGGGACAAUAAACUGGAACUUGAGUUCAUUAUAAUUCGCCCAAUAUUUAAAUGUGACUUCCGGAAACCGCACGCCGGGACUUAAAAAAAAUUAACGCUUCAAUGUACUGUUAUUGCAAGCGCUUUUUUGAUUUAAAAGCAAAUUUGUUUAACAUCUUGUAUGGCUCCAACAAUGAAUUCACCGCUCCUCUCGUUUAAUCAACGCCACUCGCUAAUGUACUCGCAAUAUGUCAAAUAAAAUAUCAUAUUUAUAUUCUAAAA